AUGAACAAUCUCCAAUUUUUGGCUUUUUGUGAACCUUGGUUGGAGGUUGAUAAAGUUGAACAGUAUAGACACAAAUUAGGUUUUCAUGGAGUGGUGCAUAAUGUGGUGGGUUCAAUCUGGGUUUUCUUCCAAGAGCCUUUUUCUGGCUUGGUGGUUGGAGAGAGCCCCCAGCAUGUGUCAGUGCGAUUUUCUCACGAUCAUGUGCCGGGCUCCCACCUUGUUGUCUCCUUUGUGCAUGCGCGAUGUACACCUGUGGAGAGGUGUGAGCUAUGGGAGGGUUUAAUGCGGGAUAACCCGGGUUCCGCUGCAUGGCUUGUGGGUGGGGAUUUCAAUGUAAUUUUAGAUGCUGGGGAGAAGAAAGGGGGUCGGGCUUUUACUCCUGGUGAAGCUAUGGAGUUUAGACAGUUUAUUAAUGAGGCUAAUCUCAUGGAUGCCGGUUUUUCUGGGGCUCAGUUUACCUGGUGUAACAAUAGACAUGGCAGGGCAAGAAUCUGGAAAAGAUUGGAUCGGGUUUUGGUGAAUGAAGGUUAUUCUGACACUGGGAUGUCAUUGGCGGUGUCGCACCUAGCCCGGGAGUCAUCAGACCAUGCUCCGCUCCUUCUUUCAGUGUCAACCAGAUUGGAUACUAAGCCGAGGUCGUUCAGGUUCCUUAAUGUCUGGACGAGGCACGAGGACUUCUUGCCUAUGGUUCAGGAUUCUUGGGAGCAACCGUGCGUUGGACCCCCUUUGCAAGUUCUCUGUUGCAAAUUAAAGCGGUUGAGGGGUACUAUACGGGAUUGGAGUAGGAGGGUUUUUGGGGAUAUUUUUCAGACAGUUAGGCAAAAGGAAGAGGAGGUGCGGUUGGCAGAGGUCCGUGUAGAAAGCGAUGAUUCAGAUGCUGCUAGGGUGCAUUUACAUCUUGCCAAAGGCCAGUUGCGAGCGGCCUUGAGAGUGGAGGAGUUGUUUUGGAAGCAGAAGGCUCGGGUUAGGUGGCUUCAGGAGGGCGAUCGAAAUACAAGGUUCUUUCAUUCUGUCGUCAAAAAUAGAAGGGUACGUUCGAUCAUUCACAGGAUUAGAAAUGGGCAAGGGGAGUGGGUGGAGUCGGAUGAUGGGAUUGGAGCAGAGGCGAUACGGUAUUUCGAGGGGUUGUUUACGGAUCAGCGUCCAGCAUCUUCUUCUGAGUUGCUUCAGCAUAUCCCAACAAUUUUGACUGAUGAGGAGAAUGAUUUGUUGGAGCAGUUUCCCUCUGCGGUGGAGAUUCGAAAUGCGGUUUUUGCGAUGGAUGGGGAGAGUGCACCGGGACCGGAUGGAUAUACGGGUAAGUUCUUUACGGUUGCUUGGUCAGUUGUCGGUGCGGAUGUUGUUAGCGCAGUGUGUAGUUUUUUCUGUGGGGCGGAGUUGCCUCGGGCUAUUACAGCGACCUCCAUUGCACUCAUUCCUAAGGUUGGGCACCCACAGGAUUUUUCUCAGUUUCGCCCGAUUAGCUUGUGUAACUUUGUUAACAAGUUGAUUUCGCGAAUUUUGGCGGAUCGCUUGGCCCGAAUCCUUCCAAGGAUUAUUUCCCCACAGCAGAGUGGUUUUGUUCGGGGGCGGCUUAUAUCGGAUAAUUUCUUGCUGGCUCAAGAGUUGCUCUCUAAUAUAGGGAGGACCUCCAGAAAUGCCGAUGUAGCUCUGAAAUUAGAUAUGUCAAAGGCUUAUGACCGUGUUUCCUGGUUUUUUUUGACAAUGGUUUUGAGGAGAUUUGGUUUUAGGGAGCAAUGGAUUGAUAGGAUUUGGAGAUUGGUCUCGAAUGUUUGGUUUUCGGUCCUAAUCAACGGGGCCAGUGUGGGUUUCUUUAAGUCUACGCGAGGGCUUCGUCAAGGGGACCGUUAUCCCCAGUUAGUGGAGCAUCGGGAGUUCAAGUGCUUUUCAGUUCCGCGGGGCUGUCCUAUGAUCACGCAUCUCAGUUAUGCAGAUGACGUCCUGGUUUUUUCAGGUGCUUCAUCCGCUUCGCUGAGAUGUGUUAUGCAGAUUAUUGGAAAAUAUGAAGCAGUUUCGGGGCAGGAGAUUAAUGUUCAAAAGAGUGGGUUCAUGGUGCAUGCUAAACUGCCUAGUCAGUGUGUGGCAAGGAUUCGACGGGUAACUGGAUUUGGUCUGAAGUCGUUUCCCGUGCGUUACUUGGGGUGUCCGCUUUUUGUGGGGCGCCGGAAGUGUCUAUACUUCAUGGAGCUGGUACAGUCAGUUAUUUCUAAAGUUUCUUCAUGGCGGUCCAGAUUUCUAUCCAAUGGGGGUCGGAUUGUACUCAUCAAACACGUGCUUUCAGCAAUCCCAACUCAUUUAUUGGCAGCCUCAUGCCCUCCAAAGGGAGUUCUAGCUUUAGUUGAACGGGCUAUGGCAAAUUUUCUCUGGGGGGAGCGGGAAGGUGGCCUCCGACAUCAUUGGAUUAAGUGGGCAGACCUGUGUGCCGACCCGUCACAGGGCGGGGUUGGUGUUCGAUCGCUUCUGGAUGUUCAUACAGCAUUCUCAUUCAAAUUGUGGUGGCGUUUCCGUACGGGAGAGUGUUUAUGGGCGACAUUUAUGAGAGCCAAGUAUUGUCGGCAGAGUCAUCCGUGCAUGGUAGCGGCGGGUCAGGGCAGUUCAUAUAUGUGGAGGCGUUUGCUUCAGAUUCGUGAGGUGGCGGAGCAAAAUCUUUGGUGGGAGAUGCUGUCGGGACAGUGUAAUUUCUGGUUCGACAAUUGGAUGGGUUCUGGUCCUCUGUGUCAACGGUUACAAAAUGUUUCUGAUCACUUAGUUAGGGAUUUCGUAUUGAAUGGAAGGUGGAAUCAACAGUUGCUACGGCUUUGGGUUCCUGAUGACAUAGUAUCAGAGAUAAUUACUAAAGUUGCCCCAGUGGGAUCCGCGGAUGAUCGUGCGGUGUGGGCCUUGACAGAGUCAGGAGAUUUCUCCAUUGCUUCCACAUACGUGCUGCUUGGUAGUCAGACCCCCUCAUCUUUCAUGUUUGAUAGGGUUUGGCACCCUGUAAUUCCAAUCAAGAUAUCAUUCUUCAUGGUAAGAUUGCUGCGGGAUCGUUUACCGUUGGCAUCGUCCCUAGGAAGGUUGCAAGUCUAUGGCCCUUCCAAGUGUUUUUGCUGCUUGGCCUCGCAAUCUGAGUCGUUGGAUCAUGUCUUUGCGGAAGGUGAGUUAGCUCUUUUUCUGUGGACCUUUUUUGGGAAUAGCGCUGGAGUGAGUUAUAGAGGUAUGGGGGUGCGGUCGCGUUUGGCGGCUUGGUGGUGCCAACCGGUUCGGCACUCUCGUCUGGAAUCAUUACAUUCGGUUUUGCCUUGCAUUAUUUGUUGGCAUAUUUGGUUGGCACGGAAUCUUGCAAAUUUUGAAGGGCAGCUCCUGCGUCGACAGACCAUUUGUGACCGUAUCUUGGCAGAUGUCGUAGGGCUAUUUUCCAAGAAGUUUGCAGGUGAGUUUUUUGGGGUUGGCUCCUGGUCGACGGUCCUCUCCAUCUUCUCUGGGUGGAGGCCUCGGUAUUCCCAUAGAGUGGUUUGUUGGGAAUUUCCAGUCCAGGGAGCCUUCAAGUUAAAUGCGGAUGGGUGCUCGCUUGGCAACCCGGGCGUUAGUGGCGGGGGUGGUGUGCUUAGGGACUCGUCUGGUGCUUUGUUGUUUGGCUUUUCUGUUCCGUUUGGGGAACUUACAUGUCUGCAAGCGGAGAUAAAGGCUUUGGUGUUUGGGGUGCAACAAUGCCGUCUUCGGGGUUUCUCGCGGAUUCGGGUGGAGGUGGAUUCUCUUGUGUUAGUCAACCUCCUGGUUGUGUCUGUGAUUGCUAUUAACAUUGAGCAACUUCAAGUUUUAGAGUUAAGAGUUGAAGGACGUCGAAUUGGAAUGGGGUUUGCAAAACAUGGUUUGACUGCAAUUCCUGAACGACUCGCAACAUUGGAAGUGUUAGAAGACGACAUUGAUGCGGUGUCCCAUGUCGUGUUUCGCGCAACCCCUCCUACUGAUUAUUUGUGCCUUAGAGAUGAACUUGACUUGUUGGGUCCUUAG